AUGUCAAAACCCCAAAGCCAUGAUUUUGCAUAUCUACCCAGUGAUAUCUUCUGGAUGAUACUGGGGUAUUUGGGAACUACCGAUAUUGUCCGAUCUCGUCGCGUUUCCCGCGCUUGGAAUGCGGCCCUUAGCAACCCAGCCAUGCUGGCCCCGAUCUUGAAACGAGAGUUUCCAUGGACGACAGAAGCCAAACAAUUGAGCAAAAGCUCUGACUCUCAAUGUCAUGCUUCAGCUCUGGAGAUGUUUGAUCAGGUUGCUUCGCGAUACUUUCACCUUGAGCAAGCAAAGCCCCGCUCUAUCCAGAAAUACCAACUCUGCGAUGCCUUUGGCAGUACCAAGGAGCAUGAAUGGUAUCAGGUAAAACCAUGGGAUACGCAUUCAAGCCAUAACAUGGGAGUCAUUGGCAAGAUAUGCUCCGAAGCUUUAUGGACCGUCGAAGACCGUUUGGUAGUCUAUCCGAGCGCUCAGCAUCGAUGCCUUGUGCUGAUGGAUUUGGAAACGGACCGGCAGUUUAUGGUACCGUUCAUCAUCUCUGGCAAGGCUGUUCGCCGCGUUCGUCUGGCAAAACGUUUACUUGUAGUUGAGUGGGCGGAGUCGAAGGCUUUCCACUGGCUGAAUGAAAGUGAUGGUGUCCACCGGCAUUUUGCGUCGUCGUUCGAUAUCUCCCAAGGUGCGAAUGAUGGCUGGAAUAUCAUUCCCCGAAACGAGUGGAAAAUAAUGUUUUUGGGUCACCCGCUGAGCGAGCGUGAUCGCUUCUUCUCUUCCCACAACAACACACACUACGUGAUCUAUACCUGGCAACCUAACCGGAGCCUCUACACAGCAGACGAUGAUGCGCCCAUUGAAUCCAUGUUCGUCUGGGAUAUCUCCAGCCAGUCAUCUUAUCGGCCAUCAUCGGAUCCAUCGGGACGAUUGAGAGAUGAUGCACCAGACGGCUCACCUCACAUCGUUUCACGAUUCAGCUUCCGCGACUUGGAAUUCUUCGGCAUCCGCCAACGAGGCUGUCCCAGUAUGCAGAGAUUGAGAGUCACGGAUGAUUCACAAGAAAUUGAGAUUACAGAAAGCAGAGUCCCCUCUUCGGGAUAUUCUGAGACCAUGUUGCUCCCUGAGUUGAUCUCGACAAGCAUCCCUGUAAACGGACAUGGGCCUCAUUGGCGCCGGAAAUUCCCUGGUGUGCUGCCUCCUUACCGGGGAAACUGCGGUCUAAAUGCGGAACCAAUAAAAUGCGAUGGCAUGACGAUUGAUCAAUGGUUUCCAAUCACUUAUCAUAUCACCGACAACGGUGCAGUCGACUUCCGUCUUACCUUCGAUUUCACUGGGUAUCAUGGCACCGACAAUUUGACUAUCAAGACUCCUCGCUCCACUUUUACGGAUGGCAAAAGCAUGGAUUUCAUUAACAGGGGGAAGGUUGCCGGCUGUGAGAGAUAUAUUGUAGGGGAGAAUCGCAAUCGACAACUGGUCAUCUACCACUUUGAUAGAUGA